CCGUGGCGUGGAGAGGGUGGGCCACCGGACUACACAGCAGGGAACAGAGCAGCGCCUGGCGGGUCGAAGACCUCCCCGACAGCGGGUCACUCAUUCCUGUCUGAGCCUUCCUGGGCCGCACGUUAGCCCGCCUGAGGACCACCAGAUCUAGGCUCCACUGAGCACCUGCCGACCUCCGCCUCGCUCCCCACUUUCCAGGGCUGCACUUCCCGGCAGGCUGUGCAUUCUGCCUCCCUGUGGUCGAGGAAGACAGCACUCCCUCCCCUGACAAACUCCAACUCCUUUCUGUGACCCAGCUCAGGCACUGACUGCCACCUGCAGGCACCUUCCCCAGCUCCCCAGCCCUGACUGCCUUUCUCCAUGCAGUAAUGUACUGUGUAUGGUGCACUUAGCACAAUUAUGGGCUUCAUUAUGGUUCUCUCGCGCUGUGAUCCCAGCUCCUCGAGGUCAGGGAGUAUCUCUUCAUACCCACUGCCUGCAGACUGCCCUGGAAUGGAUGAAUAAAAAGUUCUUAGCAUGGCGUUUAAGUGCCAGUCAUUAUUGCUCUUUCUGCAGCCCACCCCUCACCCUCUCACCCACUCGGAGUUUUAGUGUGCAUUGGAUAUAAAGAUGACUAAUAAGUGGCUCUACUCUCGAGGAAUGGGUAAAAACCAAACCAAGGAACCAGAGACACCACUUUCUCCUGCAGGGCCUGUUGCCACUGAUCCUAAAGGUUGUAUCACCAUCGCUAUCCAUGCCAAACCCGGCUCCAAACAAAAUGCUGUGACAGAUCUGACCACCGAGGCCGUCGGUGUGGCAAUCGCGGCACCGCCAUCAGAGGGAGAAGCAAAUGCGGAGCUCUGUCGGUAUCUCUCCAAGGUCUUGGAGCUCAGGAAGAGUGAUGUGGUUCUGGACAAGGGUGGUAAAUCUCGGGAAAAGGUGGUGAAGCUCUUGGCCUCGACGACUCCAGAAGAGGUCUUGGAGAAACUGAAGAAGGAAGCUGAAAAAAAAUAAAGGCAGGAAAUGAUAAGCAUCACCACGGAACAGCUGGACAAGCCAGUCAGGACGCUGACCUCACCCUUUGCUAUCCACGAUGGUGCCUCUGAUCUGCAGACUCUGGGAGACCAGUUGAGGAUCACAACGUACAAGGUGACAUAAGAACCCAGCUCCCUUACUCCCGGUGGUACCGUUAGGCUCAUGGCUCAAGGUUUCUGGAUUCUGGGGCUUUCUGAUUCAGCUUACAAGUGAGAAACCUCUCAUGCUGCCUCACAGUCCCAUCUUCUAUUUCAAGAUGUUUAUUUAAAUGCAAAAAUGGUUUUUAUAUCUUUUAAAAAUUAUAUGGAACAUUUUGUGGAAAUCAUAGACUUGUAAUGAAUGCAAUGUCAAUUAUUUUUGAAAACCUUGUAAAUGUUCAAAUCUAGAAGUUCUUAGAAAGAUCCAAAGAUCUUAAAAUAAAGUGGCUGGAACAAUG